UGGAGAGGUACGGCCUCCUGUUAAUUGCCAUAGCCAUAUUUACAAAGAGUUUUAUAGUAGAGCUUGCUAGCUGCUGUCUUCACGUUGUGAGCUGUCAAUCAGUGAUGACAAGACUGUGAAUACACUCUCUGUGUGUGUGAGUGAGUUGUGUGAUGGACGGAGAAUGCAAGUCACUGGUGGACAAAUGCAAGGCAGAGGCUAAAGGCCUAGUAGAAGUGACUGCUACCAGGAGAAAGAUCCACUGGGCACAUCCUGCCUUCACUUCAUUCUGUGUGUCAGUGGAGGACAUUCUCUCGUAUCAAGUGAAGCGUCGUUACCGUAGCAACAAGACUACCACCCCCUCUGGCCACAUACUACGAGAGUUGGGCAAGAGUUUCCCGACAGCUUUGGAGGUGUAUAAUAAGGCAUUCAGUGGCAGCAAAGAAGGAAAGCAAGACUAUAGCACGGCCCAGACAAGCUCAGCCACAGAACACAAGGUGUUGUGGAUACGAGUGGCGCUAAUUGAGGGGUCACUGGCUAACAUUGUGGAGCAGCUAGUGACCCAUCCAAGUCUGUUCUAUGAUGACAAGGCUGUACUGUGCCAUCCUGUGUAUAGUCAAGUAUUCCAGUCGCUCAUUGAUGGUCCUUGUUCAAUACGCUACAGUCGCCUCAAGUUCAGUGAUGGUGGAUACAACACUCUCUCCCCCUCAGAGCUGGUACACAGACACAAGAAAGUGUUGUCCAUCGCCGCUAGCAACGGAGACUCGGCAGGUGCUAGUGAGAGGGCGUGGGGUCAUGUGCAGAGUCUGUAUCAAUCAAAUAAUGCCACUUGUCUAUUUGGCAAGAACAACAUCCUCGUCAAGCCAUUCCCUCUAUCCAUACAGCCUAGUGCCCCCAGUCCUUUGAGAGGUUACCUCACUCUACAACAGUCUGCAUUCGGAGAACUACAGUUGAAGUGGAUCCCAAACUGUCUUCUCAACUCAUCAGUAGCGACCAGUGGACUAUGGGACCAGGUAAUAGCUGUGGACAUCACUCAGGAGAUAGCACAUAUACACUGUCAUCGAGCACAAGGUUGUACAGCAGAGAUGCUUCUGAUUGGCUACGAUGGCAUAGCCCACCCUCCACUAUUGUUCCCUCAUCAGCCAUCGUUGUUCCUGUUCCUAGAAAGUCUUGAGAACAGUCUACUCCCUAAGGGAUGUCUAGAGCCACCUCUGUGGUACCUCAGACAAUCUAGCAAGAACAAGGCUUCCACUGACCACACCCACUCUCCUUGCGAUGACGAGGACAUGGAAGCUUGGAACCAGGUGUUUAGGAUACGCUAUGGUGGACCCAAGGACACACCCCCUACAGUCCUCCGGGGAACUCCCCCUAACCCCCUGCCCCUCACACUACCACCAUACUCCAGCACAGCAGAGGAGAGCACCUCCUCCUCAGAGAGUGAGGGGGAGGAGCCUGUUGCCAUGGAGACAACAUCUGUAGCCAACUGGGAAAGUUUCCAGAGUGAAGUAUCCAAACAAUUGCUGGCUCGGCACUUUUACAGCUGGCUGUCACACUGUCGUCACAUGACCAAGGUACGUCAAUCAGUGGCUCAUCUAGUCAGCAGCAACAUGAUCCAGCCUCAUGAUGUCACUGAUGAUGUCACUGGGGGAAGUCCCCUCUCUGAGAGGGAGUGGGCGGAGUUCUCUCAGCUCUCGUCCUCGGAGCGUGAGGAGAGAUGGGGGCGUGUCCUGAGGAGAGUGUACUUGUGUGGAGUGGAGCACAGCAUCAGAGCGCAGGUAUGGCCUACUCUGCUGGGAGUGUACCCAGCCACCUCCUCCCUGGAUCAGAGGAAAGACAUCCUCACCACCAUCACUGCCUCGUAUAGAGAGCUCAUGGCUGGGUGGCGGAGGUCAGAGGUCACUCAUCGGCAACUAACGAGAGCAGCGGAUAAUUCUCAUGAGAGCUCUCCCUCGUUAUCGAGUAUAAGCCCCUCCCCUCCUCAGCUGUCUCCGUGUCACCAUGGUAAUAACGACACUGUUCCCAUGGCUACACAAGUGAUUGCUGAACUGGAGGCACUAGGAGUGGACAGUGAUGGUCUCAGCUCUGAGGGUAUCCCGGCCAUGUCAUGUGACUAUAUCCAACCAAUGGCUGAGCUCGAUGAAAAGGGAGAGAAGUUCUUACAAGAUCUGUACAACAUUGACAAGGACAUCCCACGCUGUGAUAGAGAUUACUGGUAUUUCAAGUCUGCUGGUAAUUUGCUCAAGAUUCGCAACAUUGUCUGCACGUACGUGUGGGAUCACCUGAGCGAGGGCUACAGUCAGGGCAUGUGUGAUCUGUUAGCUCCAAUACUGGUUGCCACUGACAACGAACCCUUAGCGUACGCCUGCUACCUCAAGCUAAUGGAACACUCUUCUCAACUGUUCCCACCGAGCAGUGUCAUGAACACACGCCUGGGCAACCUCAAGGCUCUGCUGCAGGUGAUGGAACCUGAUUACCAUGGUUACCUAACCCAGCGACCAAUGGGAGAUGGUUUCUUCUACUGCUACAGAUGGCUCCUUGUCUGCUUCAAGAGAGAGUUCUGCUAUGAAGACUUGUUUCGUAUCUGGGAGUGUACGUGGGUGGCACGACUCACUGUCUCACAGUAUUUUGAGGAGUUCCUUGCGCUGGCUAUCAUGAAGCAGUUCCAGUCAGCUAUAAUGGACGCCCACCUCGACCCAUCAGACAUCCUCAACCUGUUCACUGAGCUGGCGGACAAGCACAAGAUUGACUGCGAUGAGACCCUCAGAACUGCCAUAGCAAUAAUACACAAACUGCAGGAAGACUUAGCUGUUAAAUAGACACGCCUCUUUUUAUACUUCUUCACGCAUUUUAUUCCUAUGCAUUAUAUUAUUCAUACAUUUUAUUCAUAAUUAAAUAUCACUCGUGGUCCCUUCACUUGCA